CAGCCCGGCUCUCCGGGGGCGCAGCGCGCUGGGGGCGGCGGAGCCGAGCCCGGGAGGGGCCCCCUGGAGACCGGCCGCUGCCUGCUCCGCCCGGGAGGCCCCGCGCGGGUCUCAGCUUGCAGCCGGGCGGGGGCGGGAGGCGGCGGCGGGAGGCUGCUGCUCCCCCGGGAGCGCCCGGAGCGAUGGGCUCCUAGCCGGAGAGUAGCUGCUGCGCGCACGUCUGAGGAGCCCCGGCUGGGGGGGUUGUUCCCAGCGCCCCUCGCCGUGGAUUUGGGGCCGGUCGCGGGCUGGGGUAGCCCCCGUCGGACGCUGCGGGGCCCGGGCCCCAGGGGUGGUUCUCCGAGUGCGGCGAGCGGGGUCCGGGGCCCCCGAUGGCCCCUGCGUGGGAGCUGAGCGCCUGGGCUGCUGCCUGCGGAGGUGCUUGACCCGCCCGCCCCCCGGGAAGAUGUACGAGAGUGUGGACGUAGCCGGGCUAAACCCCAGCCCCAACCCCUUCCUCAUGAUGGAUUUUUACAGCCAGACCCGGGCCUGCUUGCUCCAGGACAAAGGGAUCGGCCCCCCCACCCCGUACGGCCCCCCGCUCCGGAGCCAGCCCUGGAGCAGCUCCAGCCACUCCAUUGAGACGCAGAGCACCAGCUCCGAGGAGAUCGUCCCCAGCCCCCCGUCUCCGCCCCCGCUGCCCCGCAUCUACAAGCCCUGCUUCGUGUGCCAGGACAAAUCCUCCGGCUACCACUAUGGGGUGAGCGCCUGCGAGGGCUGCAAGGGCUUCUUCCGCCGCAGCAUCCAGAAGAACAUGGUCUACACCUGCCACCGCGACAAGAGCUGCAUCAUCAACAAGGUGACGCGGAACCGGUGUCAGUACUGCCGUCUGCAGAAGUGCUUCGACGUGGGCAUGUCCAAGGAGUCCGUCCGGAACGACAGGAACAAGAAGAAGAAGGAGGUGCCGAAGCAGGAGUGUUCAGAGAGCUACAUCCUCACGCCCGAGGUGGAGGAUCUCAUUGAGAAAGUGCGCAAAGCCCACCAGGAGACCUUCCCCGCCCUCUGCCAGCUUGGCAAAUACACUACGAACAACAGCUCGGAGCAGCGGGUCUCGCUGGACAUCGACCUGUGGGACAAGUUCAGUGAACUCUCCACCAAGUGCAUCAUCAAGACGGUGGAGUUCGCCAAGCAGCUGCCCGGCUUCACCACGCUCACCAUCGCUGACCAGAUCACCCUGCUCAAGGCCGCCUGCCUGGACAUCCUGAUCCUGCGGAUCUGCACACGCUACACGCCGGAGCAGGACACCAUGACCUUCUCGGACGGGCUGACCCUGAACCGAACCCAGAUGCACAACGCCGGGUUCGGGCCGCUCACCGACCUGGUCUUCGCCUUCGCCAACCAGCUGCUCCCGCUGGAGAUGGACGAUGCGGAGACUGGGCUGCUCAGCGCCAUCUGCCUCAUCUGCGGGGAUCGCCAGGACCUGGAGCAGGCCGACAAGGUGGACAAGCUGCAGGAGCCGCUGCUGGAGGCGCUGAAGAUCUACGUGAGGAAGAGGAGGCCCAACAAGCCCCACAUGUUCCCCAAGAUGCUGAUGAAGAUCACGGACCUGCGCAGCAUCAGCGCCAAGGGCGCCGAGCGGGUGAUCACGCUGAAGAUGGAGAUCCCCGGCUCCAUGCCGCCCCUCAUCCAGGAGAUGCUGGAGAACUCGGAGGGCCUGGACACGCUGGGCGGGCAGCCGGGCGCCUCCCGCGUGAGCAGCCUGGCGCCGCCCCCCGGCAGCUGCAGCCCCAGCCUGUCGCCCAGCUCCAACAGAAGCAGCCCGGCCACCCACUCGCCGUGACGCCGCGGCCGGCGCCGGCGUCAGGACGCCGUUCUUGCUCUUUGCUGCCAGGCCCGAGGGCCGCAUGGCAAGCCAAGGAGGAGGGGGAGGAGGUGACGCUGCCGCAGGCCACCCCCCCCUCCGGGCCCCGGGCCCCAGCCCGUUCCUGUCCGUACCAGCACACACUGUGGCCAUGGCUUCCCUGUUGACUUGUGACGGACUCUUCCGUAGAAUCAGAAGUGGAUCCCGUGGGCACUGCCAGGGGGGCACUGAGCCCUUGCUGGGAUCAGCUGGGGCCGGUUUACAGACCCCCAGCGACUGAUGUUUGUACCCAGGUUGGAGCAAACUAGCGCCCCGCUCCCCCCACUCUCACCCCCCCCAGCGCGCUGUCGCAGGGGUCCGGCCCACGGCUGGGGGGCGCUGCACCCAUGUGAAGAUGAAGUGUCUUUUGGUUGAGUUGCAUUUCAAGUGUUUCCGGGGGGGUUGGGGGGAGAGGGUCAGUUUGGGAAACGUUAGUUGUUUUUUAAAAUUUUCAUGAGCAAAAUCGAUCAGCGGAUUGUGGCCGUCACGCGCACCCCCCCACACACCAUGUUCCCCCCACACACACACGCCUGUCGUCACCAGCAAAACCAACAACAAUCCAAUUCGCUUGUCAGGUAAAACCAGAAACACCCGCCAGGAACCAGAGGCCGAUUCAUUGCAAAGCCAGAUUAUAUAUCUAUAAAUAGCUAUAAAUAUCUAUAAAUACCUUUUAAAAACUUUGUAAAAGUCGGGAGGGGUUUUUAGAGACGUGCUGCGGUUGGCAAGGGGGGUCCCGGAUCUGGAUGUGA